GCCCCCUCUCCUCCCCCCCGCCCCCCGGCUCCAUCCUCCGCCGCCGCCCGAGCAGCUGCGGGGCCGCCGCCGCCGCCUUUGCAGGCUGAGUCAUCACUAGAGAGUGGGAAGGGCAGCAGCAGCAGAGAAUCCAAACCCCAAAGCUGGUAUCACAAAGUACCUUUUCUCCAAGUUGGGGGCUCAGAGGGGCGCCAUCAUGAGUGAUGUUACCAUUGUGAAAGAAGGUUGGGUUCAGAAGAGGGUAGCAGGAGUAUUUUGUGUGGUGAGAAGUUGCUGUACUACUCUCAUGACACUGUUCUCCAAAGCCUGGAUCAAAGGGCACAACAGGAGACUAUGGAGUCCCUUUGGUGGAGCCCACAGGCGGAGAGGAAGCACAGGAUUCAUAAGAUGGAGGGCGGGAGAAUAUAUAAAAAACUGGAGGCCAAGAUAUUUCCUUUUGAAGACAGAUGGCUCAUUCAUAGGAUAUAAAGAGAAACCCCAAGAUGUGGAUUUACCUUAUCCCCUCAACAACUUUUCAGUAGCAAAAUGCCAGUUAAUGAAAACAGAACGACCAAAGCCAAACACAUUUAUUAUCAGAUGUCUCCAGUGGACCACUGUUAUAGAGAGAACAUUUCAUGUAGACACUCCAGAGGAAAGGGAAGAAUGGACAGAAGCUAUCCAGGCUGUAGCAGACAGACUUCAGAGGCAAGAAGAGGAGAGAAUGAAUUGUAGUCCAACUUCACAAAUUGAUAAUAUAGGAGAGGAAGAGAUGGAUGCUUCUACCACCCAUCAUAAAAGAAAGACAAUGAAUGAUUUUGACUAUUUGAAACUACUAGGUAAAGGCACUUUUGGGAAAGUUAUUUUAGUUCGAGAGAAAGCAAGUGGAAAAUACUAUGCUAUGAAGAUUCUGAAAAAAGAAGUUAUUAUUGCCAAGGAUGAAGUGGCACACACUUUAACUGAAAGCAGAGUAUUAAAGAACACUAGACAUCCCUUUUUAACAUCCUUGAAAUAUUCCUUCCAGACAAAAGACCGUUUGUGUUUUGUGAUGGAAUAUGUUAAUGGGGGAGAGCUGUUUUUCCAUUUGUCGAGAGAGCGGGUGUUCUCUGAGGACCGCACACGUUUCUAUGGUGCAGAAAUUGUCUCUGCCUUGGACUAUCUACAUUCCGGAAAGAUUGUGUACCGUGAUCUCAAGUUGGAGAAUUUGAUGCUGGAUAAAGAUGGCCACAUAAAAAUUACAGAUUUUGGACUUUGCAAAGAAGGGAUCACAGAUGCAGCCACCAUGAAGACGUUCUGUGGUACACCAGAAUAUCUGGCACCAGAGGUGUUAGAAGAUAAUGACUAUGGCCGAGCCGUGGAUUGGUGGGGCCUUGGGGUUGUCAUGUAUGAAAUGAUGUGCGGGAGGUUACCUUUCUACAACCAGGAUCAUGAGAAACUUUUUGAACUAAUUCUAAUGGAAGACAUUAAAUUUCCUCGAACACUUUCUUCAGAUGCAAAAUCAUUGCUUUCAGGGCUCUUGAUAAAGGAUCCAAAUAAACGCCUUGGUGGAGGACCAGAUGAUGCAAAAGAAAUUAUGAGACACAGUUUCUUUUCUGGAGUAAACUGGCAAGAUGUGUAUGAUAAAAAGCUUGUACCUCCUUUUAAGCCUCAAGUAACAUCUGAGACAGACACCAGAUACUUUGAUGAAGAAUUUACAGCUCAGACUAUUACAAUAACACCACCUGAAAAGUAUGAUGAGGACGGUAUGGACUGCAUGGACAAUGAGAGGCGGCCGCACUUCCCUCAGUUUUCCUACUCUGCAAGCGGACGAGAAUAAGUCUCUUCUGCUACUUCACUGUCAUCUUAGAUUUAUUACUGAAACUGAUUCCUGGACAUCACAGCAGUCCUAGCUCUUACAAAUGCAGGAGCACCUUCAGACAUCCCAGACCAGUCCAAGGUCUUCACCCCUCGCCGCCUUUCACCCACAUGAGAACACACAUAUAUGCAGACAUACUCGACUUUUGUUUUUGCAUGAAAUUGUAUCUCAGUCUAAGGUCUCAUGCUGUUGCUGCUACUGUCUUACUAUUAUAGCAACUUUAAGAGGUAAUUUUACAAUCUUUGGAAGUCAUGAGCCCACCAUUGUUCAUUUGUGCACCAACUGUCAUCUUUUGAUCUUUUGAUUUUUGUUUUUCCCUAACAGUGAAGGCUAAAUGAUUCUAGGUACAUUUUUUAACUUUCUAGACGAUAAAUCAAAAACUAACUAGACUAAGAAGAUUUAGUUUAUAAUUCAGAACAAGCAAUUGUGGAAGCGUGGUGAUGUGCAUAUGCAAAAUUUUAGUAAAGCAUAUCAGAUCAGUGUGUAAAAUAGGUAUGUAUCAGUAAGAUCCUCCUGGAAUUCAUUAGGAAGCAUUUGAGAGAAGGAAUGAACAACUAUUAAGAUAGAUAUAUACAUUUAUAAAUUCUUAUUCGAUACUGCAGAGGAAGCCUGGUAUUACAUGUGGAUGUCCAGAUUUCACAGGCAGUUGUUGGCAAAGGAACAUUGUUCGACCAAGGAAGGAAGCAUAUGCACAGCAGAGUAGGUCACUUAAAGGGUCUAUGAUAUGAUUUGCACCAGAGAGCGUUUUAUUUCCCCUGUGCUUGGAAACCUUUUUCCCUUCUUGAUAUUAUCACCUCUGAUGGCUGAAGAAUGUAGACAGGUGUAAUGAUCCUGCUUUUCACCAAAAUUUGUACACCAAGGUAAACAGGUGUUUGCCUUAUUUGUUUCAAUUUUUUACUUUCAGUUCUACGUGAAUUAGCUUUUUCUCGGAUGUUAAAACUUUGAAUGUCCUUUUAUGAUUUUGUUUAUGUUGCAGUAGUAUUUAUUUUUUAGUGAUGAGAAUUGUAUGUCAUGUUAGCAAAUGCAGCUCCAACUUAACAUAAAACAGACUUACUGCAGUUU